AUGAAAUUUUAUUUUGAUAAACUAAGAAUUUUAAUUUAUUUACUAAGAUUAUCUUCAACAGUACUUACUUUAACUAUUAAUCCUUAUAAAAUUGCCGUUAUAAUUAAUACAAAUCCACUUAAAAAUCAAUUAAAUGUUGUAUCAGAAUAUCAAGCAACAAUUAAUACUUUUAUUGUUGGAGAUGAUUCGCAAAUCAAUUUAACAGCAGAAAUUAUAACACAAUCAUUUUUUCAACAAAUUCCCACAAUUGGUGAAAAAAUAAGACAAUGUAAUAGACUAAGAAUAACACAAAGUGUCAUUUGUAAUUCAAUGUUAAAAAAUGCUGUUGCUGUUAUUUUAGUACAUGAAAAUUAUGAAAAUCAGGAUAGUGCUGGAGAUGAGUUUGCAGCAAUUGCCUAUGCAUUAAGUUUUUAUCGUCUUCCAACAAUUGGUGUUAUGAUUCAAGAUGCAGAGUAUUCACGAAAAAAUGUUUAUCCAAUGUUUUUAAGAACUUCUCCACCUUAUUCUCAUGAAGCAUAUGUUGUUAUUAAAUUACUUAAAGAAUUAGACUAUAGACAAGUUAUUUUAACAACAGUAUUUGGUGAUGUUAAUGGUGAUGAAUUUAAAACUGUUUUUGAAGAAAAUAGUAAAAAAAAUAAAAUACAUGUACAAAAAUAUAUAUCCCUUCAUGUUAAUGAAUCAUUAGAAAAUAAUAUGGCAUCACAUUUUGAAGAGACAACAUCAAAUAUAAUAAUAUUAUAUGCUAAACCAUCAAAAGCUGAAUUAAUUAUACAAGCUGGUAUGAAAAUUUUUGGAAAAAAUAAAGUAUGGAUAAUUAAUGAAAAAGCAUCAUAUAUAUCUUCUAUUCCUAAUGGAUUUUUAUCAAUACGUUUACGUGAAGAUCCAAAAUCAGCUUUUAAAGAUGCAUUAUUAGUUAUUCGUAAUGCUGGAGAGUAUCUUUUAACAUUAAAUGCCACUGAUAUACCAACAAAUGAUUGUAAUUCAAUAAAAGAAAAUACUAAGUGGAUAGAAAGUGUUGGAUAUAAUUUUUAUAAAUAUAUAAUUGAAAAAAAAGUACAUGGUGCAAGAGGUGAAAUAAAAUUUAAUGAUAAAGGAGAUCGAAUAACGGCUGAUUAUGAAGUGUUAAAUAAAAAAAAUAAUCGUUGGCAAACAGUUGGAAAUAUUGCAAAUAAUGGACGACUUUAUAUAACAGAAGAAAUUGAAUGGAUUAAUGGUGAAAAAGAUAAACCACAAGAAAUUCAUUUACCAGAAUAUUUAAGAGUUGUCACUGUUCAUGAUCCACCAUUUGUUUAUACAUUUCCAGUUGCUUCAGAAGAUGUCUGUAUUAAUUUUACAUCAACAUCAAUAACAGAUGUUGAAGAAAGUGAAUGGUAUCCAUGUUAUAAACGUAUUAAUGAAACAUUUAAAGAAAUUUUUUGUUGCAGUGGUUUGGUUAUUGAUCUUAUAUAUUAUUUAUCACAACCAGAACCACAUACUUCAUUAAAAACAAAUUUUACAUAUGAAUUACAUUUAAAUACAACAUAUGGCAUACCAAUAUUAACAGAUAAUGGAUAUACAUUAUCAGGAAUGAUUGGUGAAUUAGAUUCUGAUAUGGCUGAUAUUGCUAUUGGUGCAUUAUCAAUUAAUGCUGAAAGAGAAAAAUAUAUUGAUUUUACUGAACCAUGGUUAUAUCAUGGUAUUCAUAUAAUGGAAAAAUAUAGACCUAAAGAUUCACCAAUGGAAUCAUUUAUACAACCAUUAAAAAAUUCUUUAUGGGGUGCUUUAUGUAUUAUAGUUAUAGGUAUAGGAUGUGCUAUAUAUAUAUUAGAUUAUAAAAGUCCAUUUAAAAAAUUUUAUGAUAAAAAUGAAAAUAUUUUUGGAACUAAUUCAUUUGUAUUAGCAAGUGAUGAUGAAGAUAAUAAUGUUACAUUUGGUGAAGCAAUGUGGUUUGUUUGGGGUGUUUUAUUAAAUUCUGGUGUAUGUGAAAAAACACCAAGAAGUUUUUCUGCCCGUGUUUUAGGAUUAGUUUGGUGUGGAUUUUGUAUGAUUAUUGUUGCAUCAUAUACAGCUAAUUUAGCAGCAUUUUUAGUUCUUGAUCAACCUGAAAGAGGUUUAACAGGUAUUAAUGAUCCUAAAUUAAGAAAUCCAAGUGCUAAUUAUUCAUAUGCAACUGUUUAUGAUACAAAUACUUAUCAAUAUUUUAAAAGACAUGUUGAAUUAUCAACAAUGUUUAGAAAAAUGGAAACACAUAAUGUUAUUACAUCAGAAAGUGCAAUUAAUUCAUUAUUAAAUGAUACAUUAGAUGCUUUUAUAUGGGAUUCUGUUCGUCUUGAAUAUGAAGCAUCUAAACAUUGUGAAUUAAGAACAAGAGGUGCAGUAUUUGGAAGAAAUGGUUAUGGUAUUGGUUUACAAAAAAAUUCACCCUGGACACCACAUAUAACAAUGGGUAUAUUAAGAUUAUCUGAAAAUGGUAAAAUGACUGAAUUAUAUAGAAAAUGGAUAGAAAAUGCAGGUAAAACUAUUUGUGAACCAAGAGAACGUUCUAGUCCAGCUAGAUUAGGUCUUCAAAAUAUGAGAGAUAUUUUUAUUCUUGUUAUUAUUGGUGUAUUAAUUGGUUGUAUUUUAUGUAUAUUUGAAUCAAUAUAUGGACAAUAUAAAACAAAAGAACAAAGACAAAGUCAAAUAGCUAGAAGAUAUGCUGAAAAAUGGAUAAAAAAUUGUAAUUUUACAUAUCCAGAACAUGAAACAUCAUUAUGUAAAUAUUCAAAUAUCAAUUUAUUAUCACCAAAAGAAUCAUUUAAAGAAAAAUUUAACACUACAGAACAUUCACAUUCAUUAAAUACAAUAUUGUCUUAUCAUGAAAUGUCUCGUCAAAAAUAUAUAAAUGACGUUUUAAGAAGAAAGAAUUAUAGGAUUAAUCCAACAAAACUUAUAUUUCGAAAUAAUCCUACAUUUAUAUAUUGUAGCAGAUGUAGAGCUCUUAUGACGACUAAAGUAAAGCCAAUAGUAGGAGUAUUUGCAAUUAUUUGUACUAUAAUAUUCAUUAUAUUAUUUCUUUGGCCGUGUGCAUUACUUCCUAUUCAUUGUACAAUUUUUGCUGAUUAUCUUCAUUACUGUUCUAAUUGUAAUCAUAAAAUUGGAAGAUAUCGUAGAGGAUUUAAAAAAUUUUCAAAAUUUUAUGUAUAA